AGGCGCGAUUCGAUUGGCACACCACACAAAAGGCCAAAGGUGGUAACCGCCACUUUCGCGUAGCCCCCUCGGGCUUCCUCGAAAUUUCAACUCCUACCGCGGCUAUAAAUCUCAAUUCAUUUCCAGUUUUCCAUUGAUCCACAAACCACAGCGACAGUGAGAUUUAAAUUGCAGUUACCCCCUCAAGGAAGCCCCAAAAUUCUGUACUCGUCCUGAUUCCACUCCGACGACCUCCGUCCUGCGAUGAGCGCAGCCGUUCCGCCGUCGAUGGAUCCCGUGGCGGCGGGGGAGAUGGCGCGGGAGGCCGCGGCGUGGUGCGCGCUGCACGGGCUCGUCGUCGGGGACCGCGCGGACCCGAGAUCAGCAACAGUACCUGGUGUUGGGUUGGUUCAUGCUCCAUUCUCCCUACUCCCGGCGCAUCUUUCAGAAUCUUUUUGGAGGCAGGCGUGCGAGUUGGCUCCUAUUUUUAACGAGCUUGUGGACCGUGUUAGCUUGGAUGGGAAUUUCUUGCAAGAUUCUUUGUCUAAAACAAGGCAUGUUGAUGAUUUCACAUCAAGGCUCUUAGAGAUUCACAGGAAAAUGAUGGUGAUAAAUAAGAAGGAGAAUAUUCGCUUAGGGUUGCACCGAUCAGAUUAUAUGCUGGAUUCAGAAACAAGUUCUCUUCUUCAAAUAGAACUCAACACCAUUUCAGCAUCAUUCCCUGGGCUUGGUUCCUUAGUAAGUGAGCUUCACAGGACCUUAAUUAAUCGGUAUGGAAAUUUAUUAAGUCUGGAACCCAAGAGGGUUCCUGCAAAUGCAGCUAGCAGUCAAUUUGCUGAAGCAUUGGCCAGAGCAUGGACUGAGUUUAAUGUUGACAGUGCUGUAGUUAUGAUGAUUGUUCAGCCUGAAGAAAGAAAUAUGUAUGAUCAAUACUGGAUUGUCAAACAUUUGAAGGAAUCACAUGGCGUAACAACUAUUAGGAAAACAUUGUCACAGGUGGAGGCUGAAGGCCAGGUUCUCCCAGAUGGAACUCUUCUGGUAGACGGCAAGAAAGUUGCUGUGGUGUACUAUAGAGCUGGCUAUACACCAAAUGAUUAUCCUUCAGAAGCAGAAUGGAGUGCAAGACUUUUGAUGGAACAAUCAUCUGCUGUGAAGUGUCCUUCAAUAUCAUAUCAUUUAGUGGGAACCAAAAAGAUUCAACAAGAACUAGCAAAGCCUAAUGUGCUUGAAAGGUUCCUUGAAAAUAAGGAGGAAAUUUCCAAGCUUCGUAAAUGCUUUGCUGGGCUAUGGAGCUUGGAUGAUGAAGAUAUUAUUAAAAUUGCAAUUGAAAAACCUGAGUUGUUUGUAUUGAAGCCUCAACGUGAAGGCGGAGGGAACAACAUCUACGGUCUUGAUUUGCAAGAAACACUUGUCAGACUCCAGAAGGAAGGAGGGGAUGCGCUUGCAGCCUACAUACUGAUGCAAAGAAUCUUCCCAAAAGCUUCUCUUGCUUAUCUGGUUCGUGGUGGUGUUUGCCAUGAGGGCCUUGCGAUUUCCGAGCUUGGAAUGUAUGGAGCUUACUUGCGGAACAAAGAUAAGGUGGUAAUCAAUGACCAGUGUGGUUACUUGAUGCGAACAAAAGUUUCUUCAUCGGAUGAAGGUGGCGUUGCUGCAGGGUUUGCUGUUUUGGAUAGCUUAUACCUGACUGACAAGUGAGAUUUCAAAAGAAUUAUCAGCUACAACUUUCAUCAGGCAUACACCUACGAUGCAUUCAGCAUUAUCUUCAGUAAGAUCGGCAGAUAAGCUGCUGCAAACAACAGCCAUAUCUGUGAUGCACCGCAUGUCACAUUGUUUGAUAACUUCAUUUUGCCCUUCUAAGGUGAAAGAAUAAAGGUUGGAGAGACUUUUCCUUCUUUAGUUGUUCGUGUAUCACCCUGACAACAACUGGGAGUUUUGUUAAAGACACUUGUGUUGUGCAUCAUAAAUGUGAUUUUUCCCCAUUGAUAACA